CGCCGAUCCCGCCCCUACGUUUCGAUUGCUCUAGCCUGGAAGAGUCAAUCCGUAUUUUCUUGUACAGGAACUGUCCGGAGAACAGUCUGCUAUUACUGUCAACAGGCUGGGUGGUAAAGCAAGACUGACAGCGAUAUCUAAAGGACUGAAAACUCUGACAGCAUUCCCCCCUUUUGUCAUACACGCUGCGUCAUCCUCUGGCAGUACAUUUGUGACUUCAGUUCUUUCCUGUCGCUGGAAAAUGAACUCCGCAAACGGCCAUUGAGGACCAUGGGUUCACAACACCCAGUAUAGCCCCAUGCAGACAGACCCUCAUGCUGGGGUGGACCGAAUACUCACGGCUCUGAGCCUCUGGGAUCUGCGCGAUGACCAGUAGGCAGGGCGGCCAUGCCGAGAGACCGCCGUCCACCUCGCGCCUGCCCGCCGUGCCCAAGCUGCAGGUCCAGCAGCACCCGCUGUCCCGCGACAACAUCACCAUCCACUUCUCGGCGCUCGGCAAGGGCGAGGAAGAGGAGGAAGAGGAGCUGUACGGCACGGCGGGGAGAGCGGACGACGGCGGGGGCAGAACCGCGGACGCCCAGGACGUCGGCGAGGAGCUGGGGGACGGAGACGGCGUGACCUCCACGACCGGUCCCGCCGCGACUCCCAUGUUCUCCUCCUCCUCCACGGUCAGCCUCCCCUCCGCGUCCGGCCCCCAAGACCAGGGUCCGGCGCGGCCCCUCGCGUCCAGCUCGUCCUUCACGUCGUCGGUCAAGGGACCGUCGGUGACCACCCCCCCGUCUCCGGCCUCCCCCGCGGCCAAGAGCUUGUCUCCCUCCCGGUCCAUCACCCUGCCCUCCGCCGACAAGCCCUUCAUGCAGCUCAUCAAGUCCCUGUCCUCCGACCUGGAGCCUCGUGACGGCGCCCCCCUCGGCCCCGCCCUGCGCCACCGCCAGCUGAUGAAGAGCCUGGUCAAGUCCCUGUCCAGCGACACCGCCUCCUCCUCUUCCUCUUCCUCCUCCUCCUCCUCUUCGCAGGACGCUACAGCGUCCUUCCGCCUGCCGGACUCGCGUCUCAACCUGCAGCUCUUCAAGCAGUUCACCCAGCCCCGCGGGACGUCGUCCUCCACAUCGACUUCGACAUCGACGUCGGCGGGGGCGACGGGCGACUCGAAGACGGCGCCGUCGUCGCCGCUCACCUCGCCGGACAGCCGCUUCUCGCUGGCGGAGGUGGAGGCGCGCAUCGAGGACACCAAGCGGCGCUGGUCGGAGGCCAUGUACGAGCCCCUGCAGCGGCUCAGCAAGAUCAUGGGCGACGAGAGCGGCGGCGUCGGCGGCCUCUACCGGCCCAAAGGACUGUCCAGCAGCGCCUCGGAGCUGUCCAGCCUGGCCGCCCUCAACGGCCACCCGGAGAGCAACAACAACAACUACAGCAUCAAGGAGGAGGAGGCCGGCGACGGAGACGGAGACGAGGACGACUCGGACGGCGAGGGGACGGAGAGGGCGGUGUCGGCCGCCGAGUCGCCGCUGGCCUUCGAGAAGUGCUCCAUGUCGGCGCUGGCCCGGCAGGAGGACGAGGAGUUCUGCGAGCUCUACAGCGAGGACUUCGACUUCUGCACGGACAACGAGAACGAGGCGGAGGGGGGCGAGCGCGCCAACGGCGCCGUCGCCGUCGCCAGGAGGCCGACGAUCGCCGACGCCUACAGCGACGACGAGCAGGAGGCGGACGAGCCGGCCCCCAGCAUCCCCCUCAAGACCCUGUUUGCGCUGACCGUCCUCACCUACGGCUACUUCGUGGUGCCCCUGCCCGACUACGUGGGCACCAUGGUGGUCGGCAUGGUCCUGGGGUUCAUGGUGGCCAUCGGCGCCGUCUGGCUGGCCGGACCGAAGCGAUCCGGUGGACCGUCUGGACGCAGGAGGAGCGGGAAGGAGAGGUGGAGAUGGGCGCAGCUGGACAUCAAAGAGCCAGGGAUGUUUAAGGGCUGGAUGAACGAGAUCCAGAGCUACGACCCGGAGACGUACCACGCCACGCUGACCCACUCGGUGUUCGUGCGGCUGGAGGGCUCCACGCUGCGCCUCUCCCGGCCCAACCGCAACAUCGCCCGCCGCGUCACCCUCAACGAGUCCAAGCCCGACGUCACCUACGUCAGCCAGAAGAUCUACGACCUCACCGACAGCAAGAUCCACCUGGUGCCCCUGAACCUGGCGAGGAAGCGGGUGUGGAACAAGAAGUACCCCAUCUGCAUCGAGCUGGGCAAGCAGGACGACUUCAUGUCCAAGGCCGAGGGCGAGCCGGACGAGGAGCGCUCCAACCUCCCGACGGACAGGUCGGAGGUCGCCGCGGGAGCCGAGGAGGUCAAGAGGCCCGGAGGUCAGGAGACGGCUCGGCUGCCGGCGGCGGCGGCGUCCAAGAACAACGUGCCCACGCUGUACCUGUUCGGGAGGACGGGGCGCGAGAAGGAGGAGUGGUUCCAGAAGCUUCUGCAGGCGUCCAGGCUGAAGGCGGAGAUGGCCAAGAAGGCGGUCAGCAUGACCCUGAGUAGGAGCGCGGCCAACCUGACCUCCCACAGUCGCAGCAGCAGCCGCAGCAGCCUGGACGAGCUGCUGGCCGCCGUGCAGCCGCGGCAGAAGGACUCCUCUGGCCCGUCUCCGUCCCCGGCGCCGGCCCGGCCGCGGCCCCAGCUGGACUACGCCGUGUACAUGUCGCGCUGCAUGCCCCCGCAGGACCCGCCGCCCCCGCAGCAGCAGCAGGUGGGCAGCCCCGUGUUCGGCAGCCCCCAGCAGAGCCCACACGGCAGCCCCGGCGCCAGCAAGAAGCUGCCAGGCGGCCCGCUGAGGGAGGACGAGUCGGUGGCCUGGGUGAACGCGCUGGUGGGCCGCGUGGCCUGGGACUUCCUGGGGGAGAAGUACUGGGUGGACUGGGUCUCCAAGAAGAUCCAGAUGAAGCUGAGCAAGAUCAGGUUGCCGUACUUCAUGAACGAGCUGACGCUGACUGAGCUGGACAUGGGCUUCUCCACUCCCAGAAUCCUCCAGGCCUCCAAGCCCUCGGUCGACCACCAAGGCCUGUGGUUCGACCUGGAGGUGUCCUACAAGGGCUCCUUCCUCAUGACGCUGGAGACCAAGAUGAACCUGGCCCGUCUGGGGAAGGAGGGAGACGGCUUUGGGGAGUUCGGCAAGGAUGGCUCCAGACCAAGAGCCUACUGCCUGGCGGACAGUGAUGAGGAGUCGUCCAGCGCGGGCUCGUCUGACGAGGAGGACCCUUCUGAGUUGACGGCUGACCAGACGCUUGGAGCCGAAGGGUUGGUGGGCGGCCACAAGCACAGCAAGAUCAUGCGCUUCGUGGACAAGAUCACCAAGUCCAAGUACUUCCAGAAGGCCACGGAGACGGAGUUCAUCAAGAAGAAGAUGGAGGAGGUGUCCAACACGCCGCUGCUGCUCACCGUGGAGGUGCAGGAGUGCCGGGGGACGCUGGCAGUCAACAUCCCCCCACCCCCCACCGACAGGAUAUGGUAUGGCUUCCGCACCCCUCCUCAUCUGGAAAUGAGGGCACGACCCAAACUGGGAGAGAGGGAGGUCACGUUUGCACACGUCACCGAAUGGAUCGAGAAGAAACUCUACCAGGAGUUCCAGAAAAUCCUGGUGAUGCCCAACAUGGACGACUUGUGGCUCCCCAUCAUGCACCCUGCCAUGGACUCGCGUUCAAACCUGCCCUCGUCCGAGUUUGACGCCGCCCCCUCCAGUGACCUGUGAUCUGUGACCUGAGCGCGGCCGGCCCGACAGUAUUCCGCGCGACUGUGAGCUGUUCACUGCACACACGCCUCACCUCUACACUACCGACUGCGCCGUCGCCGCCGGUGCCACAUUCCUAUGAAGGACGACCUUGAGCGAGGCUCGACCUUGACCUUUUGACCUCUCAAAAAUAAAUACAGAAGUAGAUACAUUUAAAAGAAAAAAAAAUAAAUAAAUACAUAACCUCUGAAGAUGAUGCCAUGAAGGAAACACUUCCACUUUUGCUGCUUGGAAAACUUUUUUUUAUUACCUCCAAAAUCGGGAGAGAAGUAGAAAAAGCGUGGAGACCAAAACAAGUUCAUCUGUGUGAUGGAGAGUUUUUACGGAGAUACCAUGAAAUAUGUCAUUAGACAGCCUGUAAGGGCAGGGGACGGGGGGGGGGAUUCCUGGGAAAGAGAGGGAUGAUUAUGGGUAAUGAAAAACAUGUGGUGUCCACUGAGGGCACGGCAUGGGUUAUUGCAUUCACCGGACACCUUACCUUCUGGCCGAGAGGAGACAACUCGCCUUUAUCUCCUCUUGGGAGAGAGACGCACAUCUGGUGUAGGGGGAGAGAGAUGAAGACCAGAAAACCUGAGCUUGAAGUUUUACUUACGGGCUUAUAAAGCUACAAGUCUUGCAGCGGGGGCAGUGCCCCUGAGUCUGUGUGAGAGACCAUUUUGUGUGUGUGUGUGUGUGUGUGUACCUAAUACGUACCUUAAACAAAAUGAAGUUUGAUUAGAUGUGUGGUGAAGAAUCCAUAGCACCACAUUCUGUCUUUGGUAUAUAAUUGACUGUUGAUGUCUAGCACCAUCUGUCAUAUCUGAGUGUGAGUGUCUGUGUGCAAAAACUAAAAAAGAAAAGUCUUUGACCCCGUUAGACGUGUGAGAUAUACCCAUGCUUUCAGCAGACUUGAUAUUGGCGCUGGCUGUGUGUAGGGGUUUGUGUGUGUCUGCUUACAGUAUAUGUUCGUAUGUGUGUGUGUGUGUGUGUGUGUGUAUGCACGUUUGUAUGUGUGUGUGUGUGUGUGUGUGUGUGUGCUACUAGACUGUGAUUUACUUGCCCAUUCUCACGCUAACAUUGUUGCACCACUCUUCUUAUACUCCACUACAAGCUCUGAGGUAGUGGACGCCACUACACCUCACAGAUCAUUUAAUAUAUACAGUAUGAUAUACAGUAUGUUGCCAUUUACACACAAUCUGUUCGCUUGCCUUCCAAAAGCCAAUCGCUGGACCUCCGUAGGGUACGUCCAACCUCUAGCUUUACGUGUAUCUCUUAAAGUUGGUUUAAAUAUUUACACUAAGUCGCUAUUUCUGUUUCAUGCCUCAUAGCGUUUUAUGUUGGUGCACAUAAGCUGUUUUUACAGUUGCGAUGGCCUGCUUGUACUGCUAGCUUUUGCUACAUAUCUUGUGUCAUGUUUGGUGGUUGAUACAAACCUUGCAGUAAGCCAAGAGGUUUUCUUUCUGUUUGUCGUUUUAUUUUUACAUGUCUACAUAGCACAGCAUUCCACCAAAAUCUCCACCCUGACACAUUCCCACUUCCACGUCACAAAACCCACCCACGCACACAGAUGAGCUAGACACUCGCACACACUCUCCCAAUGACCUCGCUACGGCAUGCUUAUCACCACGGCAACUCAUCACCAAAGCCUUCCUAAGGUUCCAGUGGACCUACUGCCACACAAUGGAGGGGGCACAACUGUAUAGUGUGGUGUGUUAUCUCAGAGGAAUGUUGAAGGAUGCCACAGUUUAACAGUUAUACAGUAUAUCUGGGCCUAACACUUCCAAAUGAAUGUACUGAUGGAGUAUUCCUUAGAAUGGGGGUGUCUGUGUGCCAUUGGAAGUCUAUGCUAUGACAUUAUAGAAGUUACUCAUUUGAGUUAUGCAAAGUGUAUUCUUUCGGUUAAGAGAAAAUAAUUUGUUCUAUAUAAGUGAUUGAAAACACUACCGAGAUGUUCACAUGGAAAUUUAAGUUCAUUAUUGUAUGAUUGUAAUUGAAGCCAUUAUUGCCUAUUACCGGUAGACUUUUCCAGUACUUAAUAUAAAAGCCUCUGACCUGAGAUCUUGCUUAAAAUAAUGCUUUACAAUUCCUGGAGUACAGUUCCUCUAUCUACUGAGGAAAAUACCACUGCUGUUUUUCUUUUUUUUCUUCUUCUUUUUCUUCUGAAGUAAUCAUGGAAACUGUCACUGUUUACUCUUCUUGCAUUUAAUGAAGUGUCAAGGGUGUCGUUUUUGCGCUUUUGAGCUGAUUACACCUUCAGAAAGAAGCCAAAUCUGGCUCCUUCCAUGCGUGCUGAAAGAAUUAAUGAUUAGAGUUCAGCUCUGAAGCACGCUCCUCUAACCCCGUGCAAGUCAAGAACACGAGACUAUCACACUCAGUCGCUCCUUUUAAGCUGUUCAUUCGCUCAUAGGUCGCAAAGUCUCAGACAGGCACACACAGUUUGGUUGUGUUCUGUCAAGUGAAGGUUUCCCCCACAUUACCAAGUUUGGUUUUGUUUUAAUUUCAACAGACAGAAUAGACUGCACACUGGACGAUGAUGUCACUCGUCCUACAUAAGGUUUGUUUACAUGGAGCGUCAUAGAAAUCGAAUAAUGUUGUAGUGAAUCUGUCGUUUUGAACUGGACAUGUCCCAGGUUAACCUUUUUGCGCCUUAAAUGACUUGCUACUGGUACGAAUCAAAUUUCUAUUUUUGUUGGUUUUGUUUUGUUUGUUUAUUUUUGCUGUUGCUCUGAGCAAUGAUCGUCAAAACUGUACUUAGAGACACAAGAAGAGUUCUAUUAUUACAUGAAGAAAAUGAUUUGUAUCACGAGGUGACAUUAUGAGAGAGAAAAAAAGUGUACUGAUCUAUUUAGAAACGAUUACGGAACUUUUCUAGAGCCAAAUAGAAACAGUUGCUGGUCAUGUGCCAUAGUGGUGCGUGACUCCGGUCUGGUGAAGUCGUAGCAGUCUAGGGAAACUUCUGUUCAUUGAAUAUAUCUUUGUUUUCGUUCUCCUCAAGUGUUGCAAAUGUUUUUGUUUGCAGGCCUUGUGUGUACAGUUUAUUUUUUUAUGUUUUGCUUUGUCCUACCUUGUAUAAUGAUGGACUGCGAGGUGUUGGAAAAAAUGGUAUUCCGCUGGCUUUGUAAUUAUAAUUCAUAAAGUGAUUUAAAUAAAGACUUUUCUUAUUGAA